AUGCCAACCUCACGGUCUGGUGCCAGCUCUGUGGAAUACUGGGUAGAUGGCUCGCGCCGAGAUGUCUCCAUAGAUGAGUUUUACACCAUGGGCCCAGAACUGGGAAGGUAGAGUACUGUAGUGUGUACCUUUAUUGACACCAAUGCGUAAAUACCAACAGCAUCAUCACCUUCAUAACUAUCAAAAGGGGUUGUUUAUGGUCAUGUACUGUAGAAAAACAAAUCAGUGGAAUUUCAUCCAAUGGGAUGUAGUUUUUCAUCACAGUAUGGCUAUAGCUAAAGUGUUCAUUUUGAAUUACGAUGUUUACAAUUAUAGUAUGUAUCUACUGUGUCUAUCAAAUGGAUUAGGUUUGAUACUCUGACAAGACAGACAGAACACAUAUUUUAGACCAGUUCUGUCAAAUUAAUCAAUUUCAUGCAUAGUUCAGCACCACAGACAGCUCCUCCUGUCCAUGUACAAUGAUUUACAUUUUAGUCAUUUAGCAGACGCCCUUAUCCAGAGCGACUUACAGUUAGUGAGUGCAUAAAUUUUUUUUUGAACGAUUAACAAGUGACAAUUUCUCUCCUAUCAUCUCACCUCAUAAGAAGCCUACUAAUAUUAUGCCAAGACGCAAUCAACGUGUCAAAACAUGAUCUUCACUCAGUCAGAGUAAACAGCCCACUGUGUUUGCUAUAGAAAUGGGCUCUCAUUGUAAAGGGGGCAGCACAUGGCUUAGCACUGGACAACAGUGAAACGUUAAGGGAUUAGUGCAAGUAUGGAGAAAACAGGUGUUACGGACCAUUUUCAGAGGCUUUAUAUGGAAUUUCCCACUACCUCUGACCCCUCCACUCCACUCCCCUCCCCUCCCCGCCAUCAUCAUGAUUCUGGCUUAAGUACACUCUUACAUCACAUCCAGAUUGACAAUGUCAACUUGUCAAUAUUUGUCACUUGGAGUGGGUGUCAGUGGACUGUUGAAGUUUGGGGGUCUGACUGACAGAUGGAGUGGCCAUUGCAUUUGAUGAGGACAUCUGCCAGCAGGCAUAAACAACGGUAUCCCACCAUGUCAAAGACACAGGUGGUCUUGACUCAAAAAAACGGCACACUGUAAUUGCUAAUUCACACUAUAGGGAAAAAACAGUCCAAGCCAAGCAGAGUUGUACUGGGCUGGCAUGGUUACACAUCCACCGUAGUUGCUGGAACCGUGCUGGAAAGGACAAUGUGAAAGAGAGAAUAUCUGAAACAGCACAGUGCAGUUAGGGUUGGCCAUAUAAUGUGAAUCAAGUGUAAUAUUUCCAUUGGACAUAGUGUGGAACAGGUGAAUGCCUCAGAAUGCAGCUCCAAUGCACCUGUGCCUUUAUAUUAAACCUCAUUUCACACCACACUUAACUGUAUUAACAGUUCUCUUCUCCUCACCUGCAACUGCAUGUGUAACGGACAGGCACCCAUUUUGUCACUUCAGAAUUCUGUGUGAGACUGAAAGGAGAGAUCUCACUGUCAGUGGUAUAACAAACCGUAUACCAAGCUUUCAAAAAGCUGGCCAUACGUCCCUUUAUAGGACUCAAAUACAUAACACUAGAUCCAAAUCAAAUGAUAUGGUCAUUACUUAAAGUAGGCCACUGUUUGCUAGAAUUAGCAGUAACAAUUUAACACCAACAGCGCAUAUUGACUCAGAUACGGACGUUUACUGAAUUAAUCAUCAUCUGUGAUCGACAUUUGAUGAUCUAUCUACAGUCGGUAGAUCAAUCGUAAACAAUAGGCCAGUUCAGCCACUAGUACCUGCUUCUUGCACGUAAACAUACACAACCUACACUCAGCUUCCCCCAGCCUCCACAUAUAAGGGUGUGCACAGUCGUUAGGGGUCUACUUUUCGAGGAGAGUUGCCCUGGUUGCCAAGGAGACCCUACAGCUAUGAGAGUGGUGUUGAGAGGGCUGGGGGAUGAUGAUGCCUGGAUUGUAUUAGCAGGAGCAGGACUGCUGGAGAAACAGGGACUAAUUUCCUAAGCAGGGCAAACGCUGAGUGCCCUCCAUAGGGAUACAACUGAGGGGAAGUCCCAGAUUAGAUGGCGGCUGGCUGCUGCCAGUACUCCCUCAUUAUUCCACUGUGUGGUUUUACUCUGACCUCCCUCUUAAUAACGACCUAGUUCAGUUUUACACAAUCGACUUCCGAUUCUAAUUAACCAAAAUACCAGUUGUGGUGAUGCUAUUGAAUAGUAAUGAUUGUACACAUGUACAUAUUGAUAGUUCACUUGAAGAUGGUAUACCGGUAUUGAAGGGAUUAGUAAAUCCAGAGCAAUACUAUUGCUACAAAGGCCUCUAUUUCUUCAACGGCUCAAUUGAAUUUGAGCACACAUUGAUUAAAAAAGACAUCUUUGACUGUUGAGCUAUACCAACUACAGAUGUGAAACAGUGGGACUCUUCUGAUACACGUAUAUCACAUAGAUAGAGCACCAAAACACAUAACCAUCUGUAUGUGGGAGGUCAUAUAGACUGUUCAAGAGAAGUAACAUACAUGUGGUGCUCCAGUUCUCCUAGGCAACCCACAGCUAAGCUGCUGCUGUGUCUGGUGCUGCUACUGCUUUCACUAGUUCAAAAUAAUAAAGAUAUACAUUCGGCCAGGGCAUUAUCUCUAGAUUUCCAAGUAGAUUUAAAAGCAACAGACAACACGACACAGCCCAAUCACGUAUUAACAGAUGACUCAUGGUUUCAGCUCAUACUUAGUGCUACCCUCUGCCCUCUCAUGUAAUCGUGUCAUGGCUUUGAAUAGCUUUCUUUUCCUGCAUGUUUUCCUCUACAAUGGGUUUUAUUUAUCAAUCUUAGCAAUAAGCAUGUAGAUGGAUACUGUAUCUAAUGGUUCACCAUGGAGUUGUUAUUGAAAUGCUUUAGAUGGAGGUCAGCUUAUGAAAUGUUUAUAAAUGUUAUGUUGAUGAGCAAAUUACAUUAUAGUUGAGUAGAACUUGAGAUAAAAUGCUGAAUCAUUGCACUAUGGAGAGACAACCAUAUGAUCAUAGUCGUUGAUGUUGACUGAUUGAUCUUCUUCCCAGGGGGGCCACGUCAGUGGUGUUUCGCACUGAGGAGAAGCAGACACAGAAGCCCUAUGCUGCAAAGGUCCUCAAGAAGACUGUGAGUCCUUCGGCCAUUUUAUAUAUACAGUAUAUUGACAGUGACAGUAUCAUAUUGGUGCUCUCAUUCUUUCCAUUUCAGAUCGACAAGAAAAUAGUGCGGACUGAAAUUGGUGUUCUGCUGCGACUUUCCCACCCGAAUAUUGUAAGAGUUCACUUUAUUUUAUCCAAGACACCACUUCAAACAUCAACAUUUUUACUUUUCUCAGACCAUGAUGGACAUGAACAAUAGUGGUGACUUGUUGUAGGAUACUAGCAACUUCAAUGUUUUUGAUAUGUUGUAUUAUAAAAACAAAAGAAGAAGAUGUUUCUAAGAACGUGAUUGAAAUGAACAUUAAUGAUGACUUCUUUGAAGAUAUUAGUAACAUCCAUGUUUUUUAUGAUGUUUUUGUCAACAUUUUGGAGCGUUCUCAAUAUCAUCUUCCCCUCUACCUGUGGUUUUGUACCUCAGAUCCGCCUGAAGGAGAUCUUUGAGACAGAGACAGACAUCGCCCUCAUCUUGGAGCUGGUAACCGGAGGGGAACUCUUUGACAGGUGCUUACGCCCAAAAUAUACCACCCUCACGACCCUGUCUCAAACCAUAUCCCUGCUGAAAUUGGUUUCCCUUCGGCAGGGCCAGAGGUGGAAUCAGUGGCCUCACUCAGUCCCCCUGUUCCAUUUGCCUGCUUUGUCAUUAGCAGCAAUUUAUGACACAGGCGUUAUUGAGAUGCAGAGCAUAAAAGGAAUAGAAAAUUAAAUUUGUAAUGGCCCUCACCAGCACUGUUGCCAGGAAACCGAUUAGAAGACUGUGGUUGGAGCAAAUGCCCCACCCUAUCUGUAAAACCCAUCAUGAAGAUUACUCAAUAUGAGUCACCUGUUUCUCUAUUGUUUAAUUGGUAUAAUAUAAUAAUAAUAAUGGUAUAAUAGCCAAAUUAAAUUGUCUGUUAAUCACGUUAUCCUCCUAUCACCUUAUAGGUUUAGGAAUGUUUGACAGUAACAACUACCUAUUAUAAGGGCUGUGACGAUACCAGUAUCACAAUAUUUCUUCCAUGGCAAAAAUGAAAACACAAAGAACACCUAACUAUUUGGUCCUUUAAAAACCUGCUGUUUGUAAAAUACUGUGUGCUAUAGCUUGGAAAAUAAAUAAAUGUGACUCUGGAUGACAACAUAAUGAUGUUUGUUCCCAACAUUAGGGCUGUUGUCCUAAAUAAGUUAAACCCGCUUCGUGUUUUGUUUCUUUGCCACGAUACUAACGAGUAUCGCGAUACUGGUAUCGUCCCGGCCCUAUUAUUUUCCCUCACGUUUCUGACUUUAACAGAGUUAAGGAGGGACCACUCUCUUCCAAAGUGGGUAUUUGAACUCUGUGUAACGUUUUGACUGUGUUUGACCUUUGGUCUCUUUCUGCCCUUUCAGGAUCGUGGAGAGAGGGUACUACAGUGAGAGAGAUGCUGCCCAUGUCAUCAAGCAGAUUCUGGAGGCAGUGGCAGUAAGAGAUGUGAUUUAAUUGCCACUGAUGGGCUAUUGAGUAGGAAUGUGCCUUAUUUCACCAAAUGCUUUGGAAUUUGCAAUGAAUUCUGAGAUGCACAGCACCCCUCUAUGCAGAGAAGAGAGAGUAGAGAUACUGUUGCGGCUAUGUGUUUUGUCUUUCACUAUGGUUGCAUCAUCUACAGUAGCUUCAAUAGAAAACAGGUCAACAUGGAGCUGAGAGACUUUUCAGUGUUGUCAUUUUGACAAAGCUUGAGCUUCAGUUGAGACAGGUCUCUUAUCCAUACUUUGAAUAGGAAAAUACACAUACUUUUAGGCUUAAAGUUCAAUUUGUUUCAGGUUUGGUCUUAUCUGUGGCCUUCUGUGUCCAGUCACUGCACAUACUUCUAAUGUCAUAAUCACAUUUUAGCUUGAAUCAGAUUUCGUAUUUCCAGUGAGCUACUAUGUGCAGUUAGUCACUGCGCUCUAUUGCAGGCAGUGCUGAGCCCUGUUUCAGGCAGAAUUAUAUCUGAACCCAAAAAUAGAGGAUGAUUAUUUAGCCAGUGGAAAAUACCACUAAACAAUGUUUUGGGGUUUAGGACUUGGCAAUGGCACCAAUGAAUGUCAACCAGAAGAUUAGUGUGAGAGCCUUUAUUUAGAAAUACAAAUGUAUUGUAAUCCCAGAAUACAAGCAGCUAAGGGCUUGGCUGGACACACACACAAUGUGGUAGAUGUGGGUCAGAUGUGGCAUCGGUCUCAGCUGGAGGAAUGAUGGAUGUGCGUGUGAGCGUACAUGUGUUUGAGUGACUACGUGUGUGUGUGUGUGUGUGUAUCUGUGCGUAUGUGUGCUUGGUGAGCUGCAAGUGUGAAAUAAUCCUCUCAGAAAGCCAUAGCAAUUUUUUCCCCGUGCCCUUAAUCUUCUGACCAAGAGAGGCAGCAGGCAGCAGGGAUGUGGGCUGCCUGUUAUGUAACAGUGCUAGCGAGUGCGUGCCUGUGUGACAAUGAACCAAGCCGCUGCUGUGCGGCCCAUAUGCCCACUGCUUUUGUUUUCUAAAUAAGGAUGUGACAAAUGAAAAAACAACAACAUUUAAAAAGCUAUUUUUGUUAUCGGUUUUUCGUUAUAAUUUUAUUAAUUUGUCUUAUAUUUCUAUGUGAAUUCACAAUGCUAAAUAUGGUCCUAUUGCAUCCUAUUGCGUAUGACCGCUAGGGGGCAAUGAAGUUCGAUCUACUAGACAACAGCGCUCACCUUAUAGAUACACACGGCGAGGCGUGGCUUAAUAUGACCAUGCCCCCGAGUAGGGUACAGCUGUAGGGUACUCCCGUUACUCCCGUUACUCCCAUGUAAUUAGCCUAACGUUGGCGUCAUCCUAAAAUAAUGAGUGACACUUUUUGGUCGUUUCAAUAAACGUUUUCAGCAGCCUCACGUGUCGUUAUUAACAUACUUGGCUGUCACAACAACAAAUGAUUUGCAUGAUACUUAUUCUGCCACUCUAAUGUUUUACCCAACCUGCUAACACUGACAGUAAACGUCACUGUUUGUUUACCCCUAGCUUUUUCGCCGGUUAGCUGACGUUAGCUGGCUGGCUAGCGAGAGAAGUACAUCUCGAUCUAAUUCGCUAGUCUUAGAUAUGUCGCGUAACUACUUCAAGUCUUUGCCUGCCCUUGAACGGUCUAGGUAUUUAGAAAAGUUUAAUCUUGUUGGCUUGCCUAUACAAGUAUUUAGACCCCUUACUUUUUCCACAUUUUGUUACAUUACAGCCUUCUAAAAAAAAAAAUGUUUUUUUAAAUGCCUCAUCAAUCUACACACAAUACCCCAUAAUGACAAAGUGAAAACAGGUUUUUAGAAAUGUUUGCAAAUGUAUCAAAAAUAAAAAACUGAAAUACCUUAUUUACAUAAGUAUUCAGACCCUUUGCUAUGAGACUCGAAAUUGAGCUCAGGUGCAUCCUGUUUCCAUUGAUCAUCCUUGAGAUGUUUCUACAACUUGAUUGGAGUCCACCUGUGGUAAAUUCAAUUGAUUGGACAUGAUUUGGAAAGGCACACACCUGUCUAUAUAAGGUCCCACAGUUGACAGUAAAUGUCAGAGCAAAAAUGAAGCCAUGAGGUCGAAGGAAUUGUCCGUAGAGCUCUGAGACAGGAUUGUGUCGAGGCACAGAUCUGGGGAAGGGUACCAAAAAAUGUCUGCAGCAUUGAAGGUCCCCAAGAACACAGUGCCCUCCAUCAUUCUUAAAUGGAAGAAGUUUGGAACCACCAAGACUCUUCCUAGAGCUGGCCGCCUGGCCAAACUGAGCAAUCAGGGGAGAAGGGCCUUGGUUAGGGAGGUGACCAAGAAGCCGAUGGUCACUUUGAUAGAGCUCCAGAGUUCCUCUGUAGAGAUGGGAGAACCUUCCAGAAGGACAACCAUCUCUGUAGCACUCCACCAAUCAGGCCUUUAUGGUAGAGUGGCCAGACGGAAGCCACUCCUCAGUAAAAGGCACAUGAAAGCCCGCUUGGAGUUUGCCAAAAGGUACCUAAAGACUCUCAGACCAUGAGAAACAAGAUUCUCUGGUCUGAUGAAACCAAGAUUGAACUCUUUGGCCUGAAUGCCAAGCGUUACAUCUGGAGGAAACCUGGCACAUCCCUACGGUGAAUCAUGGUGGUGGCAGCAUCAUGCUGUGGGGAUGUUUUUCAGCAGCAGGGACUGGGAGACUAGUCAGGAUCGAGGGAAAGAUGAACAGAGCAAAAUACAGAGAGGUUCUUGAUGAAAACCUGCUCCAGAGCGCUCAGGACCUCAGACUGGGGUGAAGGUUCCCCUUCCAACAGGACAACGACCCUAAGCACACAGCCAAGACAACGCAGGAGUUCCUCCGGGACAAGUCUCAGAAUGUCCUUGAGUGGCCCAGCCAGAUCCCGGACUUGAACCCGAUCUAACAUCUCUGGAGAGACCUGAAAAUAGCUGUGCAGCGACGCUCCCCAUCCAACCUGACAGAGCUUGAGAGGAUCUGCAGAGAAGAAUGGGAGAAACUCUCCAAAUACAGGUGUGCCAAGCUUGUAGAGUCAUACCCAAGAAGAGUCGAGGCUGUAAUCGCUGCCAAAGGUGCUUCAACAAAGUACUGAGUAAAGGGUCUGAAUACUUAUGUAAAUGUCAUAUUUCCGUUUUUAUUUUUAAUACAUUUGCACAAAAAAAAUCUUUUUUUGCUUUGUAAUUAUGGGGUAUUGUGUGUAGAUUGAUGAGAGGAAAAAACAAUUUAAUCAAUUUUAGAAUAAGGCUUUAACGUAUCAAAAUUUGGAAAAAGUCAAGGGAUCUGAAUACUUUCCGAAUGCACUGUAAGUCAUGAUAUUAGGAAAAGUGUUUAUUUCCAGCAAGUGUAUUUGAUGGGUUUCAUUUCUGUAGCUCUUGGCUAGCUGAGACCGAAGAGAUUAGAUAAUUUAUUUUGGACUGAAGCACGUCUUCUGACAGUGUCACAGUGCCCCUGUGUGGACUGAAGCUGAACUUUACGACAACAUUAUAUUUAACCCUGUUUAAAGUUAGUAAUGUUGAGGUGGUAGAACUGACCAAAUUAAAAGAAUCACACAAGUCGGAUAACCUAUUCCAUUCUACAGGUAAACAUGCUUAGCUUAUGUCUGCUUUUUCCAUGUAGGCUAUGUAACUAUUUGUAAAAAAAUAUUUCAUUGAGCUUUUAUUUUUAUUCCUCUUUUUAUUCACUUAGCUACUUACUUUUUCUGUUGUUGUUGAAUUGUCGAGAGGUGAACCUGCAAGUAAGCAUUUCAUUUACUCCAUGAAUAUCAUGUGUAUAUAACAAAAAAACAAACUUUAACUUAGAAGGGAAGGGGAAGGGCAGCAAUAAAGAGAGAGGAAAAGAUGGCCAGCUGUGUGGUUAGACUGUAGGUGAACAAAACAUUGAAAAAUACAUAGGCCCUUAAGUUGUGUCAUCAAAUGUUAUGUAAUCUAAACAGCUCACAUUAGCUGGUAGAACUGACCAAGUGAAAUGAAUCAUAGAGGUCUUAUAACUUAUUAAAUUGUACAGGUACAUUUGUUGUGCUCAUGUCUCUUUAUAUUCAUAUAGCCUAGGGGCUAUGUAGCUUUUUAUCUGUCAUGUUUGGAGUUGUGUUGCACUGUUAUGCAGACACUUGAAUUUUUCUUUACAGAUGAGUUUCCCUGGUCGUGUCAGUAUAAAGUGACUGAAAAACCUAAAACCAACUAUAAAUUGUAGAAAUUCAUAUACAAAUAUUGAAAGCAUUUAAUGAAAACUAAAAGGCGUGCAACAUGAAAAUAUUGUCUAAUUUACAUUGUGUCAUUUAUUGACGGCCCCUAACUAGCCCCAGAGAUAGGCUAUCCAAAGUCAAAGUGAUUUUUUUUUGCUAACUCUUCCCACCUGCGAACACACACACACACACACACACACACACACACACAAUCAAAUCACAACCCCGAAACCAACUCACGUUUAAAUUCAGUCAUGGCAGCUAGCCUUUCUUAAUGAACCAAAUCUGAAACGAGGCCAAAUCAGGAAGUGCAUUCGCCCUUUACAACGAACUAAUGACAUGUUGCACCCCUACCUUGCUAGCUUUCAGAUGAGCAAAGGAGGAGGACAGAUGAGAACAGCAGGUCACUGGAUCACUUAGAACAGCAGCAGCCAGGGGCAAAUGGUAGGGAAGAGGAUGAUUUAGGUGACCCAAACACAGGCCCAAAACAAGUUAAGCUACCCCAGGAUCCCCUUGACUAGAGGCACUCCAGACACGACACAGAAACAGCAAAAGAAGAGUAGACAAUGGAGAGAGACACCAGACAAGACACAUAGACAGCAACAGAAGAGCAGGAUAUGAUGGAGAGAGACACCAGAAGAACAGAACAGGCCAUAACAGGAGAGGAUAGACAAAAGAGACAGUAACGAACAAGAACCUGAGACAGCAACAGACAAGACACAGAGAAAGUGACAGAAGAGGGCAGAUGGAAAGAGAACAGAGGUGGGUUGAGCACACAGAAGACUGUCACACUUCAGGCUUCUCUAUAGGUUGUAAUUCGUAUUUAUUUGCACAAAAUAUAAGAGUUGAAAUACAAACAGUGAAAAAGUAAAACAUGGUUUACAAAUAAUUUGCAGGUGAGGUGAAAAAGCCUGUAAAACAAUUGUUUACUUUUACCCCCAUGCUGGCUUUGGGCUAAGCCCAAAUGUCUUCAAGUCCUAGAAACGCCCCUGGUUCUAUCUGCAAAAUGUAUGGUUUUGAGAUAAUGAGUAUUUUUCAAGUCCCAGAUCUCAGAACUGAUUUGUGAUGUCUUCCUCUUUCAUGACUCAAAAAGUGCAUCACCUUACAUAAAAUUAUUUUUUAUUGACAACCCAGCAUUUCUAUUGACAACCCAGCAUUUUUAUUGACAACCCAGCAUUGUGUGAUUGGAUUGCAGAUAGAACCUUAUAGCACCACGUUCAAAAGGUGUUUGCACAUUUUUUUCAUCAUAAAUCGACUUUUUCACAAAUCUGACAUAUCUCACAUGUGAAGGACCUCCCAUAGAACAACUCUCUAUGAAUAACAUAGUUAUUUGCUUAGGGAUUUUUCCUUAACAUUAACAAUCCCAAUUAAACGUUCACACCCCUUCUAAAGCAUGCUUAGCACUGGUGGCUGUGUGGUGGGAUACAUUUAAUCCAUGUGUGCUUGCUCCAGGUUUUUAAUCUGGAGUGAGUGAGUGUCUGUGCACCAUCUAUUUAUGAGUGUGUGUGUGUGUGUGUGUGUGUGUGUGUGUGUGUGUGUGUGUGUAUGACAGAGAUAAGGGGAAAUGCAGAGUUUGGAGUUUUGUUUAUGUGUGGGUGAACGAACAACACCACUCAUACCGUCUUCCUGUUUUUUUUUUUUGCUUCAGUGCUCCGUCUCAUAG